GUUUUCGUUCAGUUUCAGAGCUGGCAAUAUUUGCCCUAUCCGCACACGUAACGAUUUUUUUGUUCGUAUCUCUUUGUUGUUUACGGUGUGUGGAAAAAAUGGAAUUUCGUUUUAUUUUAUAAAAGAUGACGUCAUUAACUGUGUUCAUUCUAUACUUUGCUGUCAUGUUGAUAAGUGGUAUUCCAGCCACUCGAUUCAGGCGAGCCGAAAACCUAGAAACAUGGCAAGUCUUUCACAAGGCUGCUCUAACUGGCGAUGUACAAAAAAUCGGAGAAUUAAUAAGAAACAGAGUGGACGUUAAUAUCAAAAACCGUAAUGGUUGGACACCUUUAUUAACCGCAACUUACUAUGAUAAAUCUAAUGUAGUUGAGUUGUUGACAAGGAAUGGUGCUGACAUUAAUUUAAAAGAAAAAGGCGGCUAUAGCCCACUAUAUACAGCUUCUUUUAAUGGUUAUGAGCGUGUCGUUGAAAUAUUAAUUGAAAAAGGUGCGGAUGUAAACAUCAGUAAUAAGAACGGAUUUACACCAAUAAUUAUCGCCGCUCAGGAAGGUCAUGGGCGAGUUGUUGAAAUGUUGCUUAAAAAUGGGGCCAAUGUCAACAGUCAAAAUAACUUUGGAUCGACGCCCUUGUUUUGGGCUUCAAGAAAAGGUCAUACUAAUGUAGUUGAACUGUUGAUAAGGAAUGGUGCAGACAUUAACUUGAAAAAUAACGACGGCGAUAGUGCGCUGUAUACAUCCUCUUUUGAUGGUAUUAAAACCAUUUCAGUGUUUAAGUAGGGUUACAGCCUUAGCCCCCUUAGCGUCAAAAUUUCCUAUGUUCUGGUUGAUUUCCACGGACGGUCACCACAGCGGU